GACAGCCCUAGUAUUUACGCACACACAAGCACACACACUGAACCGGGCUAGAAACACCAUGUCAAAGAUAAAUAGAGAGCACAGCUAUGAGGAAUCUACAGACUCUAAGUCCAUUGCCAAUUUUGGCUCUGGCAAGUUUGUUCAUCAAGAUAAGUGGAUCGCUCUCUCUUCGCCCUGUGCUGACUGGUCCUGACAUGGCCUACCUCAGUUCGAGGGUGGUUUUCCGGUGUAUUGCACCGAACUCGACUCCGCCAGUCACUUACGAGCUGAUGGGGGACAGUGGUGACCUCAUCGUCACAGACACUGAUUACCAAGGGGACCAAUCUGUACCCUUUUACCUGAGGGUCACUGCAACAUCAGAGGGGUCGUACCACUGCAAGGCGACAGCAGGAGGAAGCACAGGAGUCAGCAACAGCAUCAAGCUGAGUGUAGUCAUUCCAGCAUUAAACACCAGAGUGACUUCUGAACCCUUCCCCCCAGUCGCAUACGAGGGGUCACGCAUUGUACUGAGCUGCAACGUCACAAGGGGCUCCCACCUUUCCUACACCUGGUUUUUCAACAGGAAGGAAAUAACAUCCCCAACCUCUCCCUUCUUCCACCUCACUGGGAACAAAGUUGUGAUGGAGGAGGUGACUCCAGAGCAUGCUGGGUACUAUUCUUGCAUGGCCUGGUCCAGUGUGCAGGACAUCAGGAGGUUUUCCAGCAGCGCAGAGGUCCAGGUGAUGGUCAAAGCCUACGUUUCAAAACCAAGGGUCUCUUACUCCAUCUCCAAAGAGGGAGCCAGUUACCGUGGCAACGUAACCUGCUGGUCAACAAGAGGGAGUCCUCCUGUCAACAUCUCUCUUUUACUAGAUGACAAGGAAGUGAGAUCUGUUACAGCAACUGAAUCCAUCGCUGCCUGGUUCCCUGUUGACAUUGUACCGGGGCUGGACAUGGGCGUGGCUCGAUGUAAGAUCAAUACUGAAGUGCAGGAGUUGAUCAGUGAGCCUGUGACUCUGGAAGUGGUCCCAGUCAGAGGAGAGGUGAAAGUGGAGGUUGAAUAUCUCUUCAGAGCUGACUCCAGACUGGUUGCAGCCAGGUUGAACUGUCGGAUCAGCAGAGGAACUUUCCCUUUUGUCUCCUGGUUCUUGAACGACUCUGUCCUUGAGGACUCCCGUAUUCAGCCUCUCCUGUCUCACUACACCCUAGCUGACCAUAGACGAACCCUCUUCCUGGCCACACUCGGCCCAGAGGAGUUUGGGUAUUACCGCUGCAGGGUCAGGGACAGCUAUGAUGACUCUGGGCCCUGGGUGGAGAGCGCUGCUGAGCUGGUCCGAGUCCCAGACAGGAUCCUUAACUUCAUGCCCCGAGCAACAUCUUCCACUGAAACACCACCAAAGGUUUUCAUUGCCACCAUAGAGGUCAUUACCAUAGCGUUCUGCUGCUUCCUUUUUCUGAUGCUUGCAGUGGGUGUAGGCUGUGUGUACAAGAUGUUUGACCACAAGCAAGCUCGCGCCCACAUUACUACAACAAAUUCCGAUGCGCGUCCUAUGUCUGCACCCACGUCCCAGUCAGGAGCCAAACAGGCCGAUGCUUCCUCAGUAGACUGUGAUGAUCUGUAUCAGUGCUUCAAGCCCACAAUUCACAACUGGCUGUGCUACUUUAGCCAGGACAGCAGUCAGUUAUUUCUGGAUCAUCCACGACUGUCUGGCCCUUCAGAGGCUUUGGUGAAAAGUGUUGUUGAAUUUAAUUGUGAACUGGAGAGUUACCCACAGAAUGAAUCUAUCCUGUUACAGCUAUUCAAGGAGGGUAACCGUGACAAGUUGUUGGGCGAAUACACCUCCCUGGAUGAGGAGGUUGCAUCCUUUCCCAUAGUAAUCAAACCUUACCACGAGGGCAACCUGGAGUGUGAGGCCAAAGCGCAGAACAACUCCAACAUAGAGCCCACUGUCAGCAACAUACACUACCUGAGGGUUGUUGAACCAGUGAAAGAUGCACGGAUUGUCGUCCGUUCAGAAGAAGUGGAGUUCUUUGAGGGGGAGAUGCUGGAGCUGCAAUGUACACUCGCCGCUGGAAAUCAUGUCUCCUACAAGUGGCUGCUGAAUGGUCAGCUUGUCUCUCAGUCUUCUUCCCACAAUGACCAAUUCUUGAUCAACAGAACUACUUCUAAAGACAACGGCUCCUAUAUGUGUGUCGCCACCAACAACUUUAACCAAACAGAUUUCUUCACCGCCAACAGCACUGAAGUUGUGAUCACAGUCAAAGAGAGAGUGUCAAACGUUGACAUCUCCUUCACCGUGUUAAAGAAGGAUGAACAAAACUAUUACGCCAUGGUCACCUGCCAGUCAACAAAAGGGACUCCGCCUAUUACCUUCUCACUUUACAACAGGACAGAAUUGGUCGCCAGUAUGACGUCUGAAGACAGAGACACCAUAUUUGAGGUUCCACUGCUCCUGGGCCAGCACUUGGGAUGCCUCCAGUGCCAGGCGAACAAUACAGACCAGAUCGAAUACAGUCAGCGGAUUCCUCUUGAAGUUGUCCCGGUUGGAGGGGCUGUGAUGAUGAACUACGACUAUGACGUUGGAGAAAACUACGCUGUGAUCGGCCUGAGGUUCUACUGCAAGGCAGCAAAGGGAUCUCUUCCAGUGUACCAGUGGUUCCUCAACAAAACCCUUCUAGAUGACCAAGGAAGCUUCUACCGUGUCGUCAACCAGCCUCCAGAGCAGUCCAUACUGCUGCUGUCUGUAGGGAGGAGCAGUGCUGGGACGUACCACUGUGAAGUGUCAGACAGCUUUGACAGCACCAACACCAUUAGCAGCAAGAGGCGGUAUCUGGAUAAAGAAGUGCUGAAUCGUUUGCCUGUCUGGGUGGUGGCUGUUGUCUUUGGAUGUUUCACAGUCCUGGUUCUCUUGGUCUCCGUUUGUUGUUGGAUUGGAGUUGCAUUUAGGCGAAGGCAGUUUGGAGAGAAGUCUCUGUUGGGCUUUGAGAUGGACAGAAUAGUAGCUGCGAAUGAGGUCGAGUUGGAUUUGUCAGACUACACUGAGGAUGCUGAUGUGGGGCAGACCGUCACAGAUGGAGACUUUGAUCAGGUAUCUCAGUCCUCUGUGGAUGAAUGGCCCCAAAUUGAGGAAGAGAAGAAGACGUUGGAAGAUGAAGCAGUUGAGGAGGCCUGAUGGUUCAAAGUGUUUGCUCUGUAAACACAGACUGUUGUGGUUAAAUAAACAUAUACUCACGGUG